AUGGAAGGACUAAGUGAAGAUGAAAGAAAAGCACUAAGAGGAAGCAAAUUCGCACCUCUCCCUCCUCCUCCUCCUCCUUCUCGUUCCCAACAACCCAGGUUAGCUCAUCCUGGUGGACCAUUAAAGACUAAUAAAGCUGCAGCCUUGGCUAAAUUUCUUGAAAGAAAACUUCAAGACCCAAAAGGGUUGGCUUCUAUUGAUCCUGAUAUUCUUGAAUUGGCUGUCAAGAAUGCCAAAGACACUCUCUUGACGAAUGGCACUUCAAAGUCUGGAACAAUUAUUCAUCAUGUGACUGACUUUGGCAACUCCAAGGUGCUUGGAUACAAUAUCUCCGUAAUUGAUCUUUUGAAUGCUCCAAAUGGUAGAUGA